UAUUGACUUUUGUAGUGAAAGUUUGUGCAGAAGAAAAUGAUGAAGCAGGUUCUUCUUUUCUUCUGCUUUGCCUCUGCAUUAUCCCUUUCAGUCUCAGAAUCCAAAUCUAAUUCUCUUCAAAAUCCUGCAAUUGAUUCCUUCUCUUUUGGCUAUAUUCAGACGAAGACUCCACAGAACUGUUCUUACCUUGUAACUAUAUCUACAAGGUGUUCAUCACCCAAGUUCACAUGGGAGAAUAUCGGAAUUGCUUUUGGAGAUGCUCAUGGCAACGAGGUAUACAAAGGAAGAUUAGAUGGUCCAGGCAGAUUCGAGCAAUGUUCUUUAGAUGUAUUUGAGAUAAAUGGGGCAUGUUUAUCCGAUAUUUGUUUUCUGUGGCUAUAUAGAUCUGGUGCAGUGGAUGAUUGGAAACCUGAAUCAGUGAAAAUCUCCUGCAGCAACGCAUGUUUUCCCAUCUUCAAUAUACACUUCAAUAUAAACUUCUCCCUCCCUGAUGCUGCCUGGUUUGGCUAUAAAUGGUGUAAUACUGAUCCACCAUAUCUGGCAAAUGGCUUUCCCUUCCCAACUGGUGUUUUCUUUUAGGGGAUGGUAAUGUUGUUUGAGUGUAAGAAUUUUAUAUAAGGAAUUACUGAUGUUAUGCAUGAGGAAAAGUUUAUUUUAAUCAUACAUUGAUUGAUAA